GUUGUGACUCCGCUGCCGCAGCUACCUGUGGUUAUCACUUGAAGAGCACAGAGUGCUUUCGAUUCCCUAGAGCUGGAACAUCUGCAGAAACGCUUCUUCACAAUCAAUUGAUUGAGCUCGAAUUCGCAUCUUCAGCCUCCUUCCACCAAUUCCACCUUUGACACCUCGAGAGCUAAGGCUAGGGGUAUAGUAUCCGCCACUGUCAAGAACUCCUCUGCCCAAAAUGUCUACACCGCCAGGCCCUUCUCAGGGAUCCAGUUCUUCAAGUAAAGCGACCGUUGCAGGAAAGGCACUGUCGCAUAUUGAUCUCGAUGGGCACAACCUUCCUCCCUCGCCUGCACCUUCGAGCCCUCGCAAUGGCCGAAAAUACGCUCUUGCGACAGAGCUGGUAUACACCGAGAGCAAGGACCAAUAUGGCGCCUCAAGCAUGCCCAUCUACCAGUCUGCUACCUUCAAACAGAGUUCAGCUGGUGGCGGAUCAGAGUACGACUAUACCCGGUCUGGGAACCCAACACGAACGCAACUGGAGAGGCAUUUGGCAAAGAUCAUGAAUGCGGCUCGGGCGUUGGUGGUGGGUUCGGGGAUGGGAGCUUUGGAUGUCAUAACCCGAAUUUUACGACCGGGAGACGAAGUCAUCACAGGCGACGACUUAUAUGGAGGCACCAACCGAUUGCUGACCUAUAUGGCAGCAAAUCACGGCAUCGUUGUUCACCACAUCGAUACCACAACCCCAGAAAAGGUUAGAGACGUGGUGUCUGCAAAGACAGCAAUGGUUUUACUAGAGACACCAACGAAUCCUCUGAUUAAGAUUGUCGAUAUUCCAACAAUCGCAAAAAUAGUUCACGAUAGCAAUCCCAAAGCCUUGGUAGUGGUUGACAACACCAUGCUUUCUCCUAUGCUCUCGAAUCCUCUGGACCUUGGAGCCGACAUUGUUUACGAGUCGGGAACCAAGUAUUUAUCCGGACACCACGAUAUCAUGGCCGGUGUUUUAGCCUUCAAUGAUCCUGCAAUUGGUGAUAAAAUGUACUUUACAAUUAACUCCACCGGCUGUGGGCUCUCCCCCAAUGAUGCUUUCUUACUUAUGAGAGGUAUCAAAACGCUAGCUAUUCGCAUGGAAAAGCAACAGUCAAAUGCUCAGGUAAUCGCCGAAUUCCUCGAGGGGCACGGUUUCCGAGUGCGAUAUCCAGGGUUGAAAUCUCAUCCUCAAUAUGAUCUUCACUGGUCCAUGGCACGAGGUGCUGGUGCGGUGUUAUCUUUUGAGACUGGGGAUGUUACCUUAUCUGAGCGCAUCGUCGAGGCUGCCAGACUAUGGGGAAUUAGUGUCAGUUUUGGAUGUGUCAACAGCUUGAUCAGUAUGCCAUGUCAAAUGAGUCAUGCAAGUAUCGAUGCCAAGACCAGAAAAGAGAGACAGAUGCCCGAAGAUAUUAUCAGACUCUGUGUGGGUAUUGAGGAUGUAGACGAUUUGAUCGAUGACCUCAGUAGAGCUGUAAGUUUUCUGUUCCAUUCAAUUGAAGAUAUUGCGACUGACCUUGGUUGUAGCUUGUUCAAGCAGGUGCUGUCACUGUAACCUUGGAUGGGUUCCAUGCCACCGGUCCUGCGCAGGCGCUGGCGCAGGUGCCUAUAGAAGAGUCGGACGCUGCUGCUGCACCUUCACGGUCAUUGGUCAUAGAACCGUAAUUCUUCAAUCCUAUUCUUGUUUGCUAUCGCGUUGCACGCGAAUUGGCGUUUUGCGACGUGGAAAAUUUUGAUGCUAGAGAAAAUUCUCUUGGUAGACAUGUAUAAAAUCAAUAUUGAUCGGUCUAAUAAAAGCGCUGGCUUGACCAUGAAGUGCUCAGAUCUUAGAUCGGGUGUUUCUUGUGGAUUUGUACCGUUCUUUUUUUUGUUGCGUACUGCCGGGUCAUUUUAUACCCUUUUCUGUGUUGCUA